UUUGCGACUGGUAGUGUAGUGUACAUAAGCUGUAUUAAAAAUAGAAAAUUAUUGUUAUUAUUCGUAUUAAUUCAGGAAUAAAGUAUGUCACUCAGAUCCCAUCUCUGCUAGCGUCCGAUCCUCACUCAGUUUCCCUCCAACCAUGUUGAACGUGCACAAAUUAUGGUUUGUGUCAUGCCUAUGUGUUAUUGCAAUCGUAAUUUUAUAUUUCCAGACAGAAAUAGCCCGUUUAGAAGACAGUUAUCGUCGUCUGGAAUACAAGAUCUCGCAGUCGCACGUAGAUUCGCGUCAGUUUUUUCCGAAAACUGUGCCGAAUGACGGUGAAGACUUGGUAGUUAUAUACAAUAGGGUGCCGAAGACUGGUUCGACGAGUUUCGUGGGUGUAGCUUAUGAUUUGUGCAAGAAGAAUCAUUUUAAAGUGUUGCAUAUAAACAUAACGGCUAAUAUGCAUGUGAUGUCUUUGAACAACCAGUAUAAGUUUGCGCAGAACGUUACUAAAUGGCAGGAGGUCAAGCCAGCUCUGUACCAUGGGCACAUGGCGUUUCUCAACUUUGAGAGGUUAGGGACCACAUCAAAGCCAGUGUACAUCAAUUUAAUAAGACGGCCACUGGACAGACUGGUUUCCUACUAUUACUUCUUACGGAACGGGGACAACUUUAGACCUCAUCUUGUUAGGAAGAAACAUGGAGAUAAGAUGACCUUCGAUGAGUGCGUAGAGCGCGGCCAGCCGGAUUGCGAUCCUAACAAUAUGUGGUUACAGGUGCCAUUUUUUUGUGGCCACGCCGCGCAGUGCUGGAAACCAGGCAACCGCUGGGCUCUAGAGCAAGCGAAACACAACCUUAUGAACCAUUACCUCCUAGUAGGGGUCACCGAAGAAAUGCUCGACUUCAUAACAGUACUUGAAGCCACCAUACCUCGUCUCUUCAAAGGAGCAACAGAACACUACCUUAACAGCAACAAGUCACACCUACGGCAAACAAGUUCAAAAAUAGAACCAACUAAAAAAACCAUAGAUACAAUACAAAAGUCUAUGGUUUGGAAAAUGGAGAACGAACUCUAUGAAUUCGCGAUCGAACAUUUCAAAUUUGUAAAAAGAAAAAUACUGCUGCGCGAAACGAAUAGCGUCGACCAGAUUUUUUUCUACGAGAAAAUACGGCCGAAAUGAAACUCUAGUAGAAAGGAGUUAUAGUUCAAUUUCUCUUGCAGUCUUCUGAAAAAUUUACAUUUGCCGGUGGUGGUGGCGUUUUUAAGACUGUUGCAGUGAAGAUAGUAUGAGAUGGUGAUGCUUCGGGAUUUUUAUGGCCGCAAAGGUAAUUUUGUAAUGCUUUAAUUGGUACCACGUUUAUAAGAUAUAAUUAUGUAGAAAUCUCUAUCCACUUGAAUUAAGUAUAUAUAUAUGUACUUAAUCAUAGUCUGAGUAGUUGUCUCGAGGAAAAUAUUUAGUUUUCGUUAGUACUUAGUCGCUUUAUGUUUUUCUUAAUUUCGUUUUAAAGUGAAGAGGUGCAUUGCCUGCUACAAGGCUCGGAACCGGUUUAAGAAAAAGCGGUAAAUACCGGUUUUAUUUCCGUUUUACUCCG